AUGGCAGCGCUAGUCGAAAAAGACUUCGCUAAACCGAAGCUGAAAGCAGACAUGCCACGGAAAGCGAAGCUUUUCAAUUUCAAAUGGGUCGAUGAAAUCAAACGUGGAGUAUAUCGUUCCCGCUUCACAUGUGCGGACAUCAAGAAAAAGUACUCCAAAGAGGAACUUGCCGAAGAAACCAACACGUUUGCACCAACUCCGUAUGAAGAAUCCCACAUUCUUCUCGAGCUCAAGUGCCUCGUUAACGGGUGGCACUCCCGCUCCGGAGACGUCAGGCGUGCGUAUCUUUUCGGCACAGACUCAGGUGACAGUAGCGGUCAGCCAGUGUUCAUGCGCAUGCCUCCCGAGUACCUGCCGCAUUUUUAUGCUUGGUUGGAUGCCCAAGACUCCGAAACCAAAGCCUUGCGCCCUGCCGGAAGCAACUACCGAAAGGAGUUUGAAGACGUUGUCACGAAUGGUUUGGUCAGCAAGGGGUACCAGUUCAUUCGGGGCACCCGUGACCCAACAGUGUACACAUGUUGCAAAACUGACGCGACGCUGUUGCACCACGUUGACGACACUCGUCUAGGGGCGUCAGACAAGGACCUUGAGUUCCUACAGUCAGACGAGGGUCUCGGCAAAUACUUCGACAUGAAGAACGGUGGCAUCGAGACACCAGGCACCAAAGUCAACGUUUUGGGCCGAACAAAGUUGCGAACCCAAGACGCGUUCUUCACACUCCCUGACCCCAAACAUCGCGAAAACGUGCUUACGUUGCUCGACCUCUGGCACGCAAAGCCAUCGAGAGUCGCUGGUGAGCGCACACAGCGCACAGAAAGCAACACGCAACCUAUCGACGAACAACGUGCUGAGUUGCAACGAGACACAUAG